AUGGCCGUUCCUGGUUGUGAUUAUGCUUCUUUCAAGGUGAAUGACCUUCCAGAUCUGAUUCUGUUUUGUCGAUCAGGUGAAAUCUACACACUAUUUCUCAGUGUGUGCCAGAAAGCCUCCUUGGUUGAUGGUAUCAUAGUGAAUACCUUCAAUGAUUUAGAACCAGAGGCCAUGAGAGCUUUACACAAGGGUUCUCAUCCUUCUCGUUCUAUUUUUUCGGUUGGACCCAUCGUUGCUCAACCCAACCAAAACCAAGAUGAGAAGAUUCAUGAAUGUGUUGCAUGGUUGAACCAUCAGCCAUCAAAAUCUAUGUUGUAUAUAUGUUUCGGGAGUGGUGGAACACUCUCUCAGGAGCAAGUGAAUGAGAUAGCAUUUGGAUUGGAAUUGAGUGGACAAAAUUUUUUGUGGACAUUUUUAGAGGUAGUACUAAGUACUAACAUUACUCUUUCCUCCAUGCCUUAUUCAGCCGGGCCUUAUCAACAAAUGCAACAGGGUCCGUGUCUGAACUUGCAUCAGUCUCCUAUGAGUGGAAACAACACUGAUAGGGAAGGUUUAUCACCUCCAUUAGGGGGGAGGAAUGAUCUUGCAGGAGACAUAGGGGAUCCAUUACAAAAGCAAUUCGAAUUCCCUAUGAACAGGAGUGAUGAUGAGGAUGAGUAUGGUGUAUAUCAGUUAGACUCCGAGAUGAGACAUUAUCCUCAGGUGAAUAUCUACUAUGGACAGGCUGAGUUCGAAGGAAUAAGCAACACUGAUGGCUCGCAGAAAGUGCAUCCUGAUGCAGAUAACGGUAAUGCAAAUCUCACUUCAGAGAACGGAUUCGACACACAGGGUUUAGAAAGAAACACAGCAGUUGGGAAGAGUGAGGAUGAACCUUAUAUUGAAGCACCUGAAGCACCUUCCUCACUAUAUGUUUCAGAAGAUGUUGAUGCUGAACCUGUUGAUUUUGAAAAUAAUGGACUUCUCUGGCUCCCUCCUGUACCAGAAGAUGCAGAAGACGAGCGAGAAACUUUUUUUAUUGAUGAAGAUGAUGAAGAUAAUGACGGGAAUGGGAAUGCCAUUGAUGACUGGGGAUAUCUGCGCAAUUCAAACAGUUUUGGAAGUGGAGAGCAUCGCCACAAGGAUAGGACAAGUGAGGAGCAGAAGAAGGUCAUGAAGAAUGCAGUAGAUGGACAUUUUAGGGCAUUGGUGGCUCAGCUGUUACAGGUCGAAAACCUACCUGUUGAAGACAAUGAUGAAAACGUUUGGAUGGAAAUAAUCACAUCUCUCUCGUGGGAAGCUGCUACUUUAUUGAAGCCAGAUACUAGCAAAAGUGGAGGGAUGGACCCAGCUGGUAAUGUGAAAGUCAAGUGCAUUGCUUGUGGCAGCCGCAUUGAAAGGGUUGUUAAAGGAGUUGUUUGUAAGAAGAAUGUGGCUCAUCGUCGCAUGACAUCAAAAGUUGAUAAACCUUGCUUGUUGAUCCUUGGAGGGGCUCUUGAGUACAGGCACUCAAAAUGUGCCUUCAAUUGAUCAUCUUUCAUCACCAAAGUUGGGUUACUGUGAAGCUUUUCAUGUUGAAAAUCUGAGCAGUGCUGCUGCUCAAGGUAGUAAAAAACCAAUGAAAACAUUUAUGUUUUUUGACCGCUGCCCAAAGCCAUUGGGUUGCACAAUUUUACUUAAAGGUGCUGAUGAGGAAGAAUUGAAGGAGGUAAAGCAUGUGGUUCAGUAUGCAGUUUUUGCAGCUUACCAUCUGGCUUUGGAGACAUCUUUUCUUGCUGAUGAAGGAAUCUCUUCCCAUAAAUUCCGCUUAACAGUCUGCCUCUUCCUAAUACAACAUCAACCAUUCAGAGGUCAAUCUCAACAGUUCCUGAUUUCGUUGCUCCUAGCAGUGAAAAGUCUCAGGGGCUUGAAUCCAACACUGGACCAUGGAGAACUAAGAGUGUCAGCGGUACUGAAUCCUAUUUGUCUAAUGAUGAUCCUUGUGAAUCUUUGCAAUCUGCAUCAUGUAUCAGCCAUGCAACUGCCUUUAUUCUUCCAUUGUUGCUUCUGGAAAUGCAAUUCCAGGUUCAUACAAUGAGAAAAUUCUUCCUAGCAAAUACACAAAUGACUCCACACAACCCCUGGAGGAGGAAACUCCUGAAGUGAACAACUCUUUGGGAAUCAUGAAUGAUCCUACUGUAAAUGGUUAUGGACCUGCAGAGAAAUUAGAUCAUGGCAUCAAUAGAUUUUGUAAUAUCCAUUUCAUUGUAUUUCAGUGGCUGCAUUGUCAAUAAUAAGAACUCUUUAAUAAUAAGAACUUGAGUUUU